UGGGGGUGGUGUAGGCGGAGGACGAGGCGUGCGGGGGGGCUCUGCCCUACUACCCCCUCUCCAAAGACGCCUCACCGGAUGAACCCGUGGAUCAGCACAACCGGCAGAAGAUGCUGGAGGUGAUGGUGUCGCCCACCAUAACCUCGGAGGCCUACGUGGGCAGCGUGCUCUUCUGCCUGGGCAUCUUCCUCUCCUUCUACGUCCUCACGCUGUUCAUCGCCUGCUGGGAGAGCUGCCGGCAGCAGAAGAGGAAGGGGCUCCUGGCAGCCAUGGACUCGCCCAGCCUGGACACGGCAUCUCUACUGGGGCACGCCCGCAGCAUCCCCGACUCCUUCCUGGGCCGUGCCCCCUAUGACAGCUACGGUUACGGCUCCUUCGGAGCAGUUCAAGCGGCGCACGCCCUCCGCCCCGAUGAGGCCACUGAGCAUUGCCAUGGGUAG